AUGGAUUGUAAACGUAAUACAUUCGAAGGUGCUCACAAUGUAAUACCAGAGUUUGAUCCAGACGCUAAUUCCCAGACAGCUAUCGACUGGAUACGUAAAGUUAAUGAAACUGCUAAUAUAUACGAUUGGAAUGAGAAACAAAUAAUUUAUUAUGCUAUACCUAAACUUUGUGGAUAUGCUCGUAAAUGGUAUCAAGGAAGGAGCACGUUAAAUUUAUCAUGGCGUCAGUGGCAGAGGAAAAUCCUCAAAACUUUUCCUGAUGACAGAAAUUAUGCAGAUAGAUUAUAUGAAAUGUUGGAACGGAAAAGUAAAAGAGAUGAAUCUUUAGAAGAAUAUUAUCAUGAUAAAGCAAGACUAGUUAAAAUGUGUGGUGUUAGAGGUAGAAAUGCAGUGGAUUGUAUCAUAAACGGUAUCUUCGAUAAUAAUAUAAGGUUAAAUGCACAAGGAUCGAGUUUUAAAAGACCAUCGCAACUGUUAAAAUAUUUAAGACGUAUAUCUAAGAAAACUAUCGGUCUUUCUCGGAAAAUGAUACCAGAAUCUAAAAAUAACACAUUCAGCAAUAAGGAUUAUAGUAGUACACAAAGAACAAUUAAUAUGAAUGCAACAACAAGCUAUGGAUCCCGUAAUCGUUUCAGGACAGUCCGGUGCUACAAUUGCACUGAUGUUGGUCACACGGCACAGAAUUGUACGAAACCUAUUAAGCGAUGUGAUAAAUGUCGGCGCCUUGGACAUGAGGCGCAAGACUGCCAACGGAUAGUUAAUAGUGGACCUCAUCAGAUUGGUGAUAAAAAUUCAUCUGAGUCGAAUGGGGAUACAAAAAGGGUACUACAAAUUACAAAUGAGGACCAAAGAAACGGCAAGUAUUACAAGUCGAUUAAAUUGAAUGGAGCUAUCAAAACAGCUUACAUUGAUUUUGGUAGUCAGUGCACAUUAAUCAAAGAGGAAGUAGCCUCUGAGAGUAAUCUUGUUCUUAAUAAAAUUAAUCUACCUGUUAUCAAGGGAUUUGCUUUUGGCAGUGUACUUCCAUUAGGAAAAGUUAUGAUAGAUAUUGAAGUAGAUGCUGUAAAAGCGAAUGUAGAUGCAUAUGUUGUCACGGAUGAUUUGUUGAAGACAGAUGUACUCAUUGGUCAGUCAUUGACCGAAUUGCCAAGCGUCACUGUAUAUAAAACCAGUUCUGAUUUGAUUUUGUAUUGUGAUAAAUCUAACUUAGACCGUAUAAAUAUAUAUAAUUCAUUAGAUAUUGGUUUUAAAGGAUUUCAAAGCGUUAAAGUGCAUACUGACGGUGAGUAUACAGGUCUUUUGUUCAUUCCUGGAAACGUAUGCACAAAACUUGGUGAAGAAUAUUGUACAUUACAAGGUGUAUAUCAAUUCGAAAAAGGACUCGGAAAUAUUCUUAUGAUUAAUUUUUCAAAUAACAUGUUUACUAUCUAUAAAAGUAAAGUCAUAGCUCGUGCCAUAAAGUUACCUAAUUCAGAAUUAGUGCAUAUGAGAGAUGUUAAUAAUGAGAUGCAAGUUAAUACUAUCAAUAAUUCUACAAUAAAUUAUUCUGAUAAAUAUUCUAUCCCUAAAGAUCAGAUAACUAUGGAGAUGUUAAAUGUAGGUCCUAAAAUAUCUAUCCAACAGAAACAACAAUUAUUAGAACUACUGAACAAUCUGUUAUUUUUUGUGUUGGGGAACUGCCUCGGCGGUGUAGUGGCUAGCAUGUACGGCGGCACACCAGGAGGUCCUGGGUUCGAGUCCCGCGUUGGGCCAAGUUUAGUUAUUGAGUCUUUCUGUAUAGUAAGCCUCAGUAACAGCCCGGAGUUUGUUGGCGGUGUUUCGCCCCCG